CCAUAAUGCUCCUCUUGCGGUUUGGGUGCAGUGGGGACGUGACGCAAGGCGCUGAAGGCGUGAGCGCUGCGUCUCUGCGAGGAAGAGGCACUGAAAGUCGAAGCUAAAACCGCAUUCAAGACAACAUGGCAGGAUUGCCCCGCAGGAUUAUCAAGGAAACUCAACGUUUGUUGGCAGAGCCCGUGCCAGGCAUCAAGGCAGAGCCUGAUGAAGGGAAUGCUCGCUACUUCCACGUGGUCAUUGCUGGACCUCAAGACUCCCCCUUUGAGGGAGGGACUUUUAAACUUGAACUCUUUCUUCCUGAAGAAUACCCCAUGGCAGCUCCGAAAGUACGCUUCAUGACCAAAAUAUAUCAUCCCAAUGUUGACAAGCUGGGGAGAAUAUGCCUAGAUAUCUUGAAAGAUAAGUGGUCCCCAGCCUUGCAGAUCCGCACAGUGCUGCUAUCAAUCCAGGCAUUACUAAGUGCUCCCAACCCUGAUGAUCCUCUAGCAAAUGAUGUUGCAGAGCAGUGGAAGACCAACGAAGCUCAAGCCAUAGAAACAGCCCGGACAUGGACCAGGCUUUACGCUGGGAACAAUAUCGAAGUCUAGAAAAAUAAGGGGGAAAAACGGAAAAGAGUGGAAGUCAAGUGUGAACACAACUCCUCCUAUUCUGCCAAGACCUAUUCAUUUGCAUUUAAAGGACACAGGGAUUAAUGUUAUAAUAAUAAAAAAAACAACUGUCAAGAAUAUAUUAAAGAAAAGAGAAAAAAUAAAGAAUGACAACUGCAUUUAAUUUGUAAUUUAAAGGCACAUUAGGAAAAAAAAAAAAAAAACCAACAACGAGAGAACCAUCUUUGACCUAAUUCACUACUGUUUAAAUGCAUGGGCAGAGGAUUUAGAUCUAUUCACAUGGCUUUCUUUUUCCAUUGAUCUGGGAGGCUCUAGGGAAAAAGUGGCUGUCAUUCAUUCGUCCUGGCAUAUGGAGGGUGGGGGGUGGUGGGUAAACUUUUUACAUUUUUUUCUUUUAACCUCUGUUUUGUUUUUGUUGUUUCCUCUCAUGAUGCUGUUUGUUUCUGAGAAGCAGCUGAUUAAACAACACCCUUUUCUGGCAAAUCGCAAAAGUGCUCCCCUUUUAGAAGGUCUAGAAGGAAAAAGAAAAAAAAUCAGCUUCGCUUUAAAAAAAAUAAAUAAAUAAAAUUCACAUGAAGUGAAAAUUAAGACUUUUUGGAAGUGGAUAUGAUUAGAGUAAAUUAACAUGGAAUAGCCUUCCACCCUCACGUUAACUAUUGUGACCGCUGAUCGUGUAGACUCUAACAUAGGCUUUUAUUCUCUAUCUCUUCUUUUUGACUGCAGGCGAACUAUGAGAUUGUACCAUGAGUUUUAGUAUAACAGUUCUCUUACUGUGUUCGGUGUUAGUAUUUUUUUUAUUUUUAUUUUGCCAUGCCAUCACUGUACUAAUUGCACUCUCUGAACUCCAUCACUGAUGUGCUCCUUCUCCUGUGUCUGACACAGUCUAGUGCAUUGAGCUUCGUUUGCUGUUUUUCUUCCCUUUAGCCUUUAUUUUGCAAACUUAGGCUGCGUUGGAACUGGUGAUGUGUGAACGGUGAGGUGUUUUCGAAGGUGAGGUGUACAGGAGCCUACCGUGAUCAAUGAACGCUUGAUCUCCAUUUCCAAGAUCAGUCUUUGCUUCGAGACGUCUCAAUUCACUGUAUGUAAAUUCCUUCUUUCUAAAGGGGAGAAUGAUUUCCUGCUUUCUGAACGACAUGAAAACAGCCCACAUACUUUGUUCUUUCUGUAAAUAAAAUCUGUUGAUUAAUAAGA